AUGGCGGGGCCGGGCGGGGACCCGGGGGCGGACCUGAUCCCGGAGCUGCCGCUGCCGGAGCUGGUGCCGGCGGGGUCGGCGCCGGUGAAGGCCGCGGGCUCGCACCUCCCGCGAGGCUUCUGGACGGCGGUGCGGCUGUGGCUGGAGCGCCCCCAGCUGGUCGACCGGCGCCUGCGCGGCGCCGCCCUGGAGGCGGUCGGGGGGCGGGGCCCGCGCCUGCGCGGAGCGGCGUUGCCCGGGGCCGUCGCCAGGGGCGACGAGGGCGCCCCGCCCGGGGCCUGGUGCGCAGGCGCCGCCCCGCCGCCCCACGUGACCCUGCGCACCCUCCUGCCCAAGGCCCGGCCGGAGUCGGGACCGCAUCUCGUCGUCAGGGAUUUCUCCAGUGGAACCGUGACCUUUUUUCCCUUGGAAGAAGGCGACGGAGGGGAUUUCAAGGUUAAGGAAAGCGGCAUUUAUCAAAUCCGGCUUCGGCACGUCGAAGGCGAGGACUGGUGCAUCUCGGUCUUCACGUCCCCGCCGGAAAGCUGGGAGGCGUCCGGAGUUGGGCGGCGGGAGCCGCGGUGGCUGGGGACCGAGCUGCUGGGCAAGCUGGCCGAGUGGUCCGUCCGCACCGACGCCGGGGAGUUUAAGAGCGCCCUUUCCCUCGUCCCGGUCCUGAGGUACACUCGCCUCUACCGGGAGCUCAAAGACAGAUACAGAGGUAUCGCCAAGGUGUGGCCCGAAGUGACCGAUCCGCAAAAGUUUGUGUUCGAAGACGUCGCCAUCGCCGCCUACCUCCUGGUUCUCUGGGAAGACGAAAGAGCGGAGAGGCAGCUGACGGAGAAACAGUCCUUCGUCGACUUGGGAUGUGGAAACGGUCUCCUCGUUCAUAUCUUAAACAGCGAAGGGCAUCCGGGGAAAGGGAUUGACGUCAGGAGACGCAAAAUCUGGGCUACGUAUGGGCCUCAGACUCACUUAGAGGAAUGUGCCAUCGUGCCGAACGACAGUUCCUUGUUUCCAGAUGUCGACUGGCUGAUCGGAAACCAUUCCGACGAACUCACCCCCUGGAUCCCCGUGAUCGCUGCCAGGUCCUCCUACAGCUGCCGCUACUUCGUCCUGCCCUGCUGCUUCUUUGAUUUCGUGGGGAAGUUCGGCCGGAGACAGAGUCGGAAGAGCCAGUACCGAGAGUACCUCGAUUUCGUCACGGAGGUCGGCGUCGAGUGCGGGUUCCGGGUGGACGAGGACCGCCUCCGGAUCCCCUCCACGAAGAGGGUCUGCCUCGUCGGCCGCUCGCGCACCUACCCGCCGUCGGAGGAAGAGGCGGCGGACGGGGCCCGGGCCCGCUACCUCCGAGGCCGCCGCCGCCCCCCGCCGGCUCCGGUCCCCCCGCGGCCCCGGCCCGCCCCCGCCGCCUGGGCCCCCGGGUUCCGGCCCAGGGAGAAGACGGAGCGCGUCCGCAACUGUUCCUCGCUCCCGCGGGAGUGGGUGGACGAGGUGGUCCUGCGCGUGGCCGGCCUGCUGCUGGGCCGGGAGCCGGCCCCCCGGGAGCCCUCCGGCCCGGGCCCUUCCGACACCUGGGAUCGAGGAGAGAGCCUUCCGUUGGCGGCCGUCGCCGGGCGGUUGGACCGAGCGACUCUGCGGAGGCUGAAGAGCGAGUGCGGAGGCCUUCAGACGCUGCUCAAGAACAAUCAUCAGGUAUUUGAAGUCGUUGGGGGCCGGGUUCGCCUUCGUGACCGGAGGGAAGGGAAGCCGGCGGCCAAGAGACGUCCGGAAGCCAAGCUCAGACUCUCCGCCGACGCCUUCAAGACCCGCCUGUGCUGGUUCUUCCUCCAUCACCCGGAUGGCUGCCCCCUGCCCGCCGAGUCUUGCCCGUAUGCCCACGGAUCCCGGGACCUCAGCCCCGUGGCCUGGGCCUUGAAGGAGGACCCGAAACGGGACCCAGCUCGGGGCACCUGGACGGCCGCUUGACGAGGAGGAGGAGGAGGGAGAAGAGAAGAUGGAGGGGGAGGAAAAGAGGAGGAGGAGGAAGAGGAAAAGAAAAG